GCGGCUCUUUGUCGAAGCUAGAGAACCGGCAGGCGGCAGCAGCAACUACGGCGGCGGCGGCAGAACCCAGCAGUGAUGUGGAGGUGGAGACCCACAGGAGCCCCGGACUACACCUGAGCUACCUCAGCUGUCACCAAGAGUGGCAAGAAAAGGAAGAAAGCCCUGAGUUGGGGGGAACCAGGAUGCCUGACCGGGACAGCUAUGCCAAUGGCACUGGUGGGAGCAGCAGUGGAGGCCCUGGAGGUGGUGGCAGCGAGGAAGCCAGUGGCGCAGGGGCAGGCAAUGUUGGGUCCAACUCAGAUGCCAUCUGCAGAGACUUUCUGAGGAAUGUGUGCAAGCGAGGCAAACGUUGCCGUUAUCGCCAUCCAGACAUGAGCGAGGUAUCCAACUUGGGGGUGAGCAAAAACGAGUUCAUUUUCUGCCAUGACUUCCAGAACAAGGAAUGUAGUCGCCCAAACUGCCGAUUCAUCCAUGGCUCCAAAGAGGAUGAGGAUGGUUAUAAGAAGACAGGAGAGCUUCCCCCUCGGCUGAGGCAGAAAGUGGCAGCUGGCCUGGGCCUUUCUCCAGCUGACCUACCUAAUGGCAAGGAGGAAGUCCCUAUCUGCCGUGACUUUCUCAAGGGGGAUUGCCAGAGAGGAACCAAGUGCAAGUUCCGUCACCUGCAACGGGAUUUUGAGUUUGAUGCUCGGGGUGGUGGAGGAACUGGUGGUGGGGGUUCAACAGGGCCCAUCCCCCCAGGACGGCGUCAUGAUCUCUAUGAUAUCUAUGACCUCCCUGAGAGAAGCUUUGAGGACCAUGAGCCGGGCCCCAAGCGUCGGCGAGGUGGGUGCUGUCCACCAGAUGGUCCCCAUUUUGAAUCGUAUGACUACAACCUGGCUUCAUCCCGAGGAGUGGAGUGCAGACUGCUGGAGGAGGAGAAUGCAAUGCUCAGGAAGCGGGUAGAGGAACUAAAGAAGCAAGUCAGUAACCUGCUGGCCACCAAUGAGGUGCUGCUGGAACAAAAUGCCCAGUUUCGUAAUCAGGCCAAGGUCAUGACCCUGAGCUCCACUGCACCAGCCACUGAGCAGACUCUGGCCCCUACUGUGGGCACUGUUGCCACCUUUAACCAUGGCAUUGCCCAGACUCAUACUACUCUCAGCAGCCAGGCUCUCCAGCCCCGCCCCGUAUCCCAACAAGAACUGGUGGCCCCUGCUGGAGCUCCAGCUGCUCCCCCAACUAAUGCUGCACCUCCUGCUGCUCCACCACCCCCACCUCCACACUUGAACCCAGAAAUCACACCACUGUCAGCUGCUCUGGCUCAAACAAUCGCCCAGGGAAUGGCACCCCCACCUGUCUCCAUGGCUCCUGUGGCUGUAUCUGUGGCUCCUGUGGCCCCUGUGGCUGUGUCAAUGGCCCAGCCCUUGGCAGGAAUCACAAUGAGCCACACCACAACCCCCAUGGUGACUUACCCCAUUGCUUCCCAGAGCAUGCGCAUCACAGCCAUGCCACACUGAUGGAGCAACUGGACACUCUCUUGAUAUAGUCUUCUAGGCUGGGUCAAGGGGCUCUUACUCGCCCACUCACCUAGCCCUCCCAGGCCCUAUCUGAAGGGUUCACUCAAGAACUGGACAAGAGACUACAAGGAAUAUGCUGAGAAGGGGUUGGGCUGGUGUGUUUUCUCUCGCCUCCCUUUCGUGAAUAUCCUCUUGUCCAUUUUCAUUCAAGCCUUACAGAAGGGGCUUGCUUGGGAGUGCAGACUGAAGCCAGCAGAGAAGAAGGACUGCCUAAGGGGCUGUGUGUCCCCUCUUGGGAAGUGGAGGACAACCUUGGUCUUGUCCUCUGUUCUGCACAGCACAGGUUCCAGCACUGGCUUUGGAAGGGGAAAAAAACCCUACUCAGCGGGAAAGCCAGGAAAGAUGGGAAGUAGGUGGCCAGGAGAGAAGGCCUAGUAGGAGCCUUCAGACAACAUAGGGCCCAGUUGAGUUGGACAAUACAGAAAUUGCUCCUGGGUCUCUGAGAGGUGGGGACCAUAGUAUUCCAGCCCAAAGGCUAGGGGAGUAUUCAUUACCUUAGGUUGGGCUGGAAAUCACAGGGCAGGGCCCACCACUUUCCAAAGAAAUAAAAAGUAAUUAUUUUUAACAAA